UUCUUCUCUAAGAUGGACAUGCCUCUCGAAUUGGCCAAUAUAUCCAGCAACCAGGAUUUUAUCCUCCUGGGACUGUCUGCUAGGCAAGGUGCAAGGGGUGCCCUGUUUGCCAUCUUCCUGGCCCUCUACCUGCUGACGCUCCUGGAGAACUCCCUCAUCAUCUACCUCAUCGGCAGCCACAGGGAGCUCCACAAGCCCAUGUACUUCUUCCUGGGCAACCUCAGCUGCCUGGAGAUGUGCUACGUGUCGGUCACCAUGCCCAGCCUGCUGGUGGGGCUGUGGGCUGGUCCUGUCCACGUGUCCUUCUCAACCUGCAUCGUCCAGCUUUUUUUGUUCACCUCUCUCAUUGGUACCAAGUGCACCCUCCUGGCCUCCAUGGCCUAUGACCGCUAUGUGGCCAUCUGUCGACCUCUGCACUACCCACAGCUCAUGCGACCCCAGGUCUGCCUGGGCUUGGCCAUGACUUCAUGGCUUGGUGGGCUGGUUGUCUCGGUGGCCAAGACCACGUGCAUUGCCAGCCUUUCCUACUGCGGUCCCAAUGUCCUCAACCACUUCUUCUGUGAUGUCUCCCCUCUGCUCAACCUGUCCUGCACCCACGUGGCCCUCACGGAGCUGGUGGACUUCAUCUCUGCCAUCGUCAUCUUCGGUGGCACGCUGCUGGUUGCCCUGGCUUCCUACGUUACCAUAGGAAGGGCCGUGUUCCGCAUGCCGUCAGCCGCUGCCCGCUCCAAAGCUGCCUCCACCUGUGCCUCGCACCUGGCUGUGAUGGGCAUCUUCUACUCAGCCACUCUCUUCAUGUAUUCCCACCCGCACCGCGUCGCAUCCACAAACCUGAACAAGUUGCUCUCGGUCCUCUACACAGCGGCCACGCCCACGUGUAGCCCGAUCAUUUACUGUCUGCGCAACAGGCAGGUCCACGCAGUGCUGCGCAAAACACUCCGCCAGCGCUCUGCUUCUUCGGAGAACUGA